AAGCAGAAAGAGGCGUUACGUGCUCAAGACGGGCAACUUUGGGGAUGUGCUCUUCUUAUGGCCCGGCAGCUGGGAGAGAAGUUCUACACCGACACUAUAGCGGAGAUGGCUCAACGUCAGUUUCAACCAGGGUUUCCCCUCCGGACUCUUAUCUCUUCUUUAUGCUGGUCAACAUGCCGGAGUGUUCAUAGGGAACACUAAUUCGUCGAACGUAACAGCGCUUCAAUCUCAACCGGUUCCAGCGUCCGCUGUAGAUGGUGCAACACAGGACGCAGUAGAAGGAAUGCUCGAAGAAUGGCAGGAAAACCUGGCUAUAAUGGCAGCUAACCGAACUAAUGGGUACGAGAGAGUGAUUAUGCAUCUUGGUGAUUGUCUCUGGAGACAUCGAGAUGAGAUAUGUGGAGCCCAUAUUUGCUAUCUUCUUGCAAAUGCUAGUUUUGAGCCUUUCUCCCCUUCUGCCAGACUUUGUCUUAUAGGUGCCGACCAUUGUAAGUAUCCACGCACGUACGCUAGUCCAGAAGCUAUCCAGCGAAUGGAAGUGUACGAAUUUGCAAGAGUGACCGGCAAUUCCCAGUUUAUUUUACUUCCUUUUCAGCCAUACAAGCUUAUUUAUGCGUCGAUGCUUGCUGAAGCUGGAAAGAUAAACGAAGCUUUAAGGUAUUGCCAAGCGGUGUUGAAAACAUUGAAAACAGCGGGCCAUGCAGCUGAUGUGUGCAAAGAAGCGGCUGUAGCCUUGGAAGAGCGUCUUCGUAUCCACUCUCAGGGAGGCUUGACGUCAAUUGUGCAACGGUUUUUUGGUAAUAUUGGUCUACACAAGAUGAUAGGCCCUUCGCCCCCGAAAGCUUCCGAUAAUGCUGAUAUUAAUAACCGUCCUGCAACAGCUUCUAGCAGAAGCAGUGUAUCACUUGCCUCGUCAGCAUCAAUGGAACCCAUAAGUGAUAAUACGAGAAGAUCCAACAUGCCAGCGAAAAGCAUUUCUGAGCCUGACUUUAGGCCUGCACAGAUCGUUAGUCCAGCGAAAGGAAUGCCAAACAGAGGCGUCUUUACUUCUUUCGUGCAAAGAGCGAUGGGCUUCAUAAAAACACCAUCGAAGGAGGCAAAGCUUGGCAACAGCAACAAGUUUAGAUACGACGAGACACUGAAGCGCUGGGUUGAAGAAGGAGCCGAGGCACAAGCGCCAGACCUUCCGUUGGCUCCUCCUCCCACGGCAAACAAGCUCGUCUCGCGCGUGGAGGAGAACGGCGCUCCUAUUUCCAUGUCUCCAGAGAGACCACAGCCAACUCCAGAAAGGCCGCAACCGGUUGUGAGUGGAAUCCCACCAAUGCCUCCGAGCAGUAACCAGUACGCAGCUCGCGCACGUCAAAACGUUAGAUCAAGAUAUGUCGAUACAUUCAACAAAGGUAGCGUAACACCAUCCAAGACAUCAUAGGACUCUCCUCCACUGUUUGGCGUGGUGCCAAAGGCAAGCGCAAAGCCUUUGGCUCCAGCGAGAUUUUUCGUGCCUGCAGCCGCUGCUGCCGCUGCUCCAGAUAUCAACAGCAACCAUUCGGUGGAUCCUUCCUCAGCACCGGACUUUGUCUCCGACACGGCGUUCUCAAACGGGAAUGGAGCAUUCGCUCAGCCGUUUGUACAGGAUAUGAGAAACGAUCCGGGGCCAACGCCUGAUCAUCUCUCGAGCAGCUCUUCGCCAGCAAUGUUCUAUUCGAAUCACUAUCCAGCAGCACCGUCGACCGUCUCGUUGCCGCCACCUCCAGCUCUGGAAGUCACUCCGCCAGUGAUGGUCGAGCAGCAGCAGCAAAACCAACACCAGGAAAGUUCGAUUCAUCGGCACCACCAUCAACAGUCCGGCACAGUGGGAUUCGAAGCUGCCAGUUCCUCCGGAGUGUUUGGAGACGACUUGCAAGAGGUGGAAUUGUAAAUCACACUCCACAAGUAGUGUUGCUGGGUGGAUUUUGGUAGAGCAGUGUAGCGAAGUAGUAGUCGUGGAAGGAGGAAUUUUUUUUGGCUGGGGUGAUUCUUUGGAGCCACGAGCGAAGCGAGGAAGGUCCUUAAAGUUGCUAGAGAAAGGAAACUCUUUACAGUGUAACAAAUAAAAGCAAAGGCCUUGUGAUGAAUAUACCUCGAAUAAUCUCCCGGAUUUAAAA